AUGGCGGCGUGCGGAGUGGGGAGGCUGCUGCUGCUGCUGCCCGCGACCUUGGCGCGCGGCGCAGGAGGCGCAGGAGGCGCAGCAGGCGGCCUCAGGCCGUCGGGGGGGCUCCUCAGAGGAUUCGCGGGUCUCGUGGGUCCCGGCCUACAGACCCUGAUGCCGCCGGCUCCUCCUGCCAGCCGAGGUUACGCCAAGAAGCCGGCGUUCAAGGCGAAGGGCAAGGCCAUGGUGAAGGAGGUGCUCGUCGACCCGGAGUUGAGUCGCGACCCCGAGGUCCUCGUCUCUCACUGCGUGGGCCUCAACUACCUCCGCGAGGGCAGCGACCCCCCGCUGCGUGCCGACUCCGAGUACCCGCCCUGGCUGUUUGAGCUGAAUGUGGGACCCCCGUUGAAGCUGGAUGAGGUGGAGCCUGACUCGAUGGAGUAUUUCCGACUGCUGCGGAAGCAGCACAUGUGGCGCGUCAACAAGCUGAGCCGCCACAAACGCAUCCGAUGACUCCUCUCAACUGCGAUUUCAUUCAGCGCGGGACUCCCUUCAGCUUCUGCCGUGCGUGCUGCCGACACCCUGCCUGGGUUCACGUCCAGGCCCCAGAUAUUUCUAUCCCUUCUACCUGUGCUUGGCGGCCUCAUUCUCUCCAUGAAAUAAAUAUGCCCACCAUGUGUGUACUGCGUCUUUAUACGUGCUCACAUUUUAUCGUGAUGUAAAUACACGUGUUGUGCUGACUCGCACAACGGUGCAUAGGCUCCACACGAAGGUCCCCGAUCUCGAAUGGAAACCUGCGACUGGUGGUAUCUAUGAAAUGUCGCAUGUUUCUGGGGAGCGUCUUCAGAUGUGAUCCAAUUUAAACGCUUAUCAAACCCUGCAUUGGCCUCUCCUGUCGGCACCGUAACACACUCGCCUAUGACAACGGCCACGCAAACUGGUCACCCAUUGAAGCACACUCCAGGCACUAACCAGGAGUUUAGCAUCCAAGGUCUGGCAAUCGGGUGCAGUCCAGGUCAUUUUGGCAUGGGCUACGACCAUUCGCUAAUACUUUUGUUUAUUUGAUAGUAUCUUGAGCUGGAGAUAUCACUUGAAUUCGGUUUUUAUUGCAAAAGGAAAAUUGAUCGUCACCCUUAAAGUUGUAGCGCUGGGUUUUGCCACAGUCACUCGGCAACCUCUUGGCUCAUUAGCAAGUGGGUGCUGCUAAGCUGCUAAGCGCUCGUGUCUCGGUGUCUCCUGAGUACCAUUUUUGGCCCUCUUCAUUGUCGCUUCACCGUGUUCCUCUGUAAAUUGUAAACGUAAGAUAUCGUUCUCAAACGACGAGUGCAGGUGUGGAAUCUUCUGCCUUUGAAGUAUGAUUUAUAAAAUAAAAACAUAUACAUGUGUA